AUGCUGCUGCUUCACCACCCUAACCUAGAAGCAUUUAUCAGCUCAGCCGAGGUGAGGCUAGGAGUGGGAAGGAUCUCGGAGCUUCUACUCCCAGGCUAUGCCUUCAUCUGUCGCAUCCACUCUGGGAAGCAGUUACUCACAAGGCAUGACUUCUUCUUCCGGUAUGGACAAGAAGCCACUGAAGCCAUGAGCACCUGCCUCUCCCGGCUUGCACGAGUCUCCACGGAGGCGAAACUGGCGCCACCACGCCUUUCCAGAAGACGCCACUGCGGGGCGCACGGCUCACAGAAUGAGUCACCCACCCGAGAGUCAGGAAGGGGCCUGCAUCUUGGCUCCGGCUCAGAAUUUUCCUCUGCGGAGCCCGCGCCCUGGUCUGGCCUGAUGGCUCUCAUCCCCGCGCCGGGCUGUGUUGGCGCGGCCUCCAGGGCCACAUCGGGCGUGCAGGUGUGGCGCCCGCGGGAAAGAGCGCGCCUGCGGCACCGGCUGGGCGCGCGAGGAGGAGCUGGCCGGAUCUCCAAACCUCAAAAGCGCACCCGCUAG